AUGAGCACCUCGACCACUGUUCUGAUUGUUGGCGCUGGGCCCACUGGACUUGUAUCUGCCUUGACGUUGCUGAAGAACGGCAUCGCCGUGCGUAUCAUUGAGAAAGAACUCACCACACGUCGGGGACAACGAGGAGCAGGGAUAUACCCUCGUACUCUUGAGGUAUAUAACUUUCUCGACGUCCCAGAGGUCUUAGAGAAGGCAGGAGGGACUUCGCUGUUCCAGUCCCACAUGUUUGGCAGUGUCGAUGUGCUUAAAGAGUUCGAUUUUACGCCAGAUGCUGCUGAUCCUACGCCAUCUAUUCCAUUCAACAGACUCUUGGGCUUGGGUCAGGACGUUGCGGAGGGAAUCUUGAUGUCUCAUCUCGCAAAGUUUGACUGCACUGUGGAGUACGGCAAAGAGUUGCGUUCGCUCACACAAGAUGAGAGAGAAGUUGUCGCAGAGCUUCUGGUACGGAACGGCGAGGAGGCACCUGAGAUGGUCAAGUCCCAGUUUCUCAUCGGCGCUGACGGUGCUCGGGGUGUUACACGGAAGCUUCUUAAUCUCACUUUCCUCGGCGAGACUCGGGAGGCGACAACGGUUCUUACCGGCGAUGUUCGCUUUAGUUGCUCAGCAUUGACUCGUGAGCGAAUGCAUCAUUUUAGUGAUGGUAACAACAGCACUUUCUUGAUCUUGCCCACCGACUGGUACGGCGACGAUGAUGGCUGGCAGUUCCUCAUGUCUGGCGACAAGGUUGAUGCCGACAAGCUCGUCACUAGCAAGGAGGCACUAUUUUCACUCAUUAGCAACGUCAUCGGCUGCCCAGUCGAUUUCAUAGAACUAGGAUGGGUCUCGUAUUUCAGGCCAAAUAUUAGAAUGGCAGACAAGUUCGGACACGGGCGGGUCUUUGUUGCCGGUGACGCUGCUCAUGUCCAUAGCCCCACUGGUGGACAAGGCCUCAAUUCCGGCAUUCAGGAUGGCUUUCACCUCGCGUGGAAGAUCGCACUAGUUGCCAAAGGCUUGUCUCCUCUCUCUUUGCUAGAGACCUACACCGCCGAGCGUCUCCCCGUCAUUGCGCAAAUGCUCAACUUGACUACUGCUCUCCUAGACAAGACGUGGGGACCCAAACAGGUUUCCGCUGACAGCGCCUGGCGUCGAUCCAGGGUCAUGUUCAUGCUCGGCGUCAACUACCGCACAAGCCCGAUUGUGCUCGACGAGUUCUCCUCCGGAGUACCUAUCGUGCCCGCAUACGGCGCUGAGAUUGGCGGCCAGCUUGUCGCUGGUGACAGAGCGCCAGACGCACCCGGCUUGGUCGACGGAGAGCGCACUGUUAGACUCUUCGAGCUCUUCAAGCCGACUCACCACACAGUGAUGGUCUUUACCUCGGAUGUCAAAGUGGCUGAAGAAAUCUUCCGGUCGUUUGCGGUGCACUCCAACCUCGGCAUCGUUCGCAUUGUGACGAUUGUACCUGCAGGUAUUCAUCCGACUAGCACACUCGUCAAUCUUAGAGUGCUUGUUGACAAGGACGACUACGCGCAUGCACAUUACUAUGCCCAGGAUAGUCCCCGGGUUGUGAUCGUGCGACCGGAUGGGGUUGUCGGUGCCAUGGUGGCGGGAUUAUCUGGGGUUCAGAAGUACUUUAAGCUUAUUCUAGCUGAAUAGACACACUUAUAUAUGGUCUUUCUGUGUAUUUUGUAAUUAAACAAUAUCCC